CGGGUGGGAAAGAAUUAUUCUCUAGAUAAGAGGAGAGAGAGAGAAGGGAAGGGUAUUUAAAUCCUUCUAGACCAUUUGAUCCUCUCUCUCUCUCUCUCUCUCUAAGCUCAACUUUUGAAGUUCUGAUUACUUUCCAGUUUCCCCUGCAAAAUAACGAAGUCUGAGCUUUUAGGGAUUUCAGGAACAACAUACUUUGGCUUAUCUGUUCGUAUUCGUCUCUCAAAACCCUAAAUUUUCGUUUCUUGCAAGUCCAAGAUGAGCAGCCAAGUAGCUCCUCCUCCGAGGAGAACCAGCCUGAAUCUAAGACGCGGUCCUUCGACCUUGAAGAAAUCGGUCCCUGUUGAGAACGGAAACAGUAAUGGAACCCAAGUGAAGCCCACCUCUCCUAGCCACUCGUCUGUUGGUGGGGAGAGGACGGUGAAGAAGCUGAGGUUGUCGAAAGCACUAACGAUUCCCGAGGGAACGACUGUUUCUGAGGCAUGCCGGAGAAUGGCGUCUCGGCGUAUCAACGCUGCUCUGAUUACUGAUUCGAAUGCUUUGCUCUCAGGAAUUAUUACGGACAAGGACAUUGCAACUCGAGUUAUAGCUGAAGGGUUGAGGCCAGAGCAAACAAUAGUUUCAAAAAUUAUGACAAGGAACCCAGUGUUUGUCACUUCGGAUACGAUAGCAAUCGAGGCUCUGCAGAAGAUGGUCCAGGGUAAAUUCAGGCACCUCCCUGUUGUAGAAAAUGGCGAAGUUAUUGCAAUGUUGGAUAUUACAAAGUGUCUAUAUGAUGCUAUAUCUAGAAUGGAGAAGGCUGCAGAACAAGGCAGUGCCAUUGCCGCUGCUGUGGAAGGGGUGGAACGUCAGUAUGGAAGUGCUUUUUCUGCUCCAUAUGCUUUCUUAGAAACCCUCAGGGAGCGGAUGUUCAAGCCUUCAUUGGCAACCAUUAUCACUGAAAAUACAAAGGUUGCAAUAGUAUCUCCAUCAGAUCCUGUUUAUGUUGCUGCAAAAAAGAUGCGAGAUUUACGAGUUAAUUCAGUGAUUAUUGCAACAGGAAGCAAGCCUAAUGGGAUACUGACUUCCAAAGACGUUCUCAUGCGAGUUGUAGCUCAAAAUCUGUCACCUGAGUUGACGCUGGUGGAAAAGAUUAUGACAGUGGCCCCCGACUGUGCAACACUAGAGACAACAAUCCUUGAUGCAUUGCAUAUGAUGCAUGAUGGGAAGUUUCUACAUCUUCCUGUUCUCGAUAAAGAUGGAUGUAUUGCUGCUUGCCUGGACGUCCUGCAGAUAACUCAUGCAGCAAUUUCCAUGGUUGAGGGGAGCUCUGGAGCUGUCAAUGACAUGGCAAGCACAAUGAUGCAUAAGUUCUGGGAUUCUGCACUUACCCUUGAGCCACCAGAUGAUGAGUAUGACACCCAGAGCAGUGAACUUUCUGCACUAAUGGCAUCCGAAGGUGGAGAUCCUGGAAAAUACUAUCCAUCUCUUGGUCUUGGGAAUACUUUUGCCUUUAAAUUGGAGGAUACAAAGGGUCAUAUUCAUAGAUUUAAUUCUGGUACAGAAAAAUUGGAUGAGCUUGUUUCUGCCAUUGUACAGAGGAUAGGGACUGAAAAUGGUGAACACCCAGAGCUCUUGUAUGAAGAUGAUGAAGGCGACAAGGUUCUCCUUUCAACUGACAGUGAUCUCAUUGGAGCCGUGAGCCAUGCCAGAUCAAUAGGGUUGAAGGUCCUAAGGUUGCAUAUCAACGAUGAUGCAAGAAAGAACACAAUGGAGUCAUCAUCAGCAUUGGCUACAACCACUGUUCAGAAACCUGGUUUGUUAUCUUUUCAGUCAGGGCUUGUGGCAGGUGUAGCUGUACUGGCAGGAAUCAGCGUUCUGGUUUACCUCAAACGCUCUAAUUUGUGAUGCUGUCAAUCUUGUUCUCCACUUUUCCUUAACGUACAAGAAAAGAAUGAGAGAUCACUCCAAUUUUAACAUGUACAAGUAUAGAAAUUGAACAUCUAAACCAAAGGCCUUCCUGAAGAUGUUCCUCUAAUAGCUUAGAAAAACUUGAGAAGUACACUGGUAGUCUCUGUUUCUCAGUGGCAACAACCAAGAUAGGUGGAGAUGUUCGAUAAUAAUACUGGGAAAGAAGAGAAGCUAGGCUUCUGGGGGCUUGGGAGACGAGACUUGGAAAUUUAUUAUCAAUGUUUUAAUAAUGUAACCUGGUUAUGCAUAUUGCAUGCAACAGAGAAAUCAAAAGAAAUGAUACUGUUGGUUGAUAACUGUCUGCAGAUUAUGCAAAAUGAUAUGGCAAUAUUAUGGGCAUGAGAAUUUCAGUGUUCUGAACC